AUGCCAAUUCUGAAUGCAGCGCCUGGUGGGGCGGCUCUUAGAAGAUCGACUCGGACGACUUACAGGAGAGGGAGUUUGCGGAAGGGGGAAAGAGUUCCUCUUCCGAAGAGGGUUGUUAAAUCGUCGGAGACCGAUGCGGAGGAUAGCUCUCCAGCAUCUUCACCAAUUGUUUCCAAGGGCGGAUUUCGAUUAGAGCGCGUAUCAACUGAGCCGAUGCCCUUGUCAACUGCCCGUAGGGAUGAACCAGAUGACUACCCAAGACGAUCCUCUCAGAGGGGAUCCGCUGUAAAGGCAAGUAGUUCGUCUGUUUCUAUCGAUGUCAUUGGUAAGUCGUCGGAAAAACAUAAAUCUGCACCUACCAAACAGAGGAGAGCUUCAUCUCCUAAGGGGUCAUCAAGGUCUCGGCAGAGUGAGCCUAUACCUCCAGUCCCCUUGAUUGUUGAAACACCGCCACCAGAACAACCUCAGGAAUUAAUCAUUCCUGAACGGCAUUCAUCAUUUGACCCUCCACCCCAACCGCAAGCGCCACAGUUACCAAGGCAGGCGAAACCGCAACGACCUGCACUACAGAGGACCCAAGCCUCUGAAGUUGUCACAGAGGUGGUAUCGUCGCCUACGGCACUAGCUAGUAGAGGCCCUGAACCAGUACCACUCUUGGACCCCGGGAAGGCUGAUGGGAAGGAGAGAAAGAGGCCUGAUUCAGCGGGCAGUAAUGAUGGGGGCACGGGGCGCAAAUCAAGCUGGGGAUGGUUGCUCGGGGAUUCAGCGGACAAAACAAGAGAGAGGGAAAAGGACCACCACCACCACCACCACCACGAAAAGAAGGAUAAGGAAGAGAAGACUAAAGUGAAGAAGGAGAAGCGCCCGAAAUCGGCUGAUAAGCAUGAUAAUACUCGAUUGGAUCUUUUGCAGAAGUCUAUCGAUCUGGGCAAUACCGGGAAAGUCAUUACCAGCGAUACCAACGGGUCCAAGACGGAUGAGAAGGAAGCUAGGAAGCCCCGGGGUGAGGAUAAGAAAGAGAAGGAGGGGUUGUUCUCCUUCUUUGGGAGUUCGAGGAAGAAGCCUGGCGGUGAUGGUGCUCAGAAGGCCAAGGGUAGCAGCUCUAGGGGGGUCUCUCCGGAUCCGGCGCAUCACCAACCUCAACAGACAUAUUACUAUACUCGUUUCCCAAUCCACAUUGAGCGCGCCAUCUAUCGCCUCUCGCAUUUAAAACUCGCAAAUCCAAGGAGACCUUUACAACAGCAGGUGUUGCUUAGCAACUUUAUGUAUUCCUACCUCGCAAAGGUGCAGCAAACACAACCGCAUCUGGUCCAGCAGGCAACCGUCAGCCAGCCAUCAAGGGAACAGCAGAAGCAGCAGCAGCACCAACAGUCAGAGCAGCAGAGCAGCCAGUAUUACCAAUACGAUAAUGGCUCUAACGAAUCUGACUACGUCGAUGAUUCCCAAAUGUACGACGACGAGGCCAACGACACGGAUAGACCACAAUCCCGCGCAGCACAAUACACCUCCAAGCACGCCCCGGAGAAUGGAAACGGUUACUACGACCAGCCACUUGAACCCCGACGCGAGCGGGAGCGCGAUAGAGACAGAGACCGCGAUUAUAGUGGGAGUAGGUCAUCGAAAUCACGAAGCACAAAGUCAGCACCGCACGAACCAAAAUCUGCAAGCGACGAUAUGUGGUGACCUUUCUUCCUUUCAUGUCUCUUGUGGUUUUUCUACUUUGUACAGUCUCUUUACGCUCUUCUGCAAAUAACCGUCAAUCGCAUCGUUGGGGAAAUCUGAGCUUCUUUUCUUUCUUUUCUUUCUUCUCUUUACAUUUCAAUUACCUGUCGUUUACUGCAGUCUCUUUUCUUGCCGUGCCCUUUGAAUGUGUUCUAGCGAGUGAUAAUUGGUGCAUCGAGAGGGGAAUGGAUUGGAACUGGUGACAUGGGCUGGUUGGCUGGUGGGGGGUAGGAGUGGGUGUUGUAGGACAAUAGGGCGGUGCGGCCUGGCUUAGCUGAAUAUAUUAAUUCGAUUCGUGAGAAUGG